AGAAUAACACAUCCACACACUCGCCUCUCUUUCCCUCCUCCACGUGUCUCCACUUCCGCCCUCUCCUUCUUUCCACCCUCAAAAAAUUUUCAAAUACUCUGCAUUUACUUUACACGCUUGCAUCAUCGCCAUCACCAUCACCAUCACCAUCGUCCAAUCUUCCAUUCAUCAAAUGGUUUCUGCUUCUGCUCCUGAUUCGAACCCGAUCCGGGGAAUACUCGGCCUCGGCUUCUGGGUUCAGGGCUUCAGGUGCUUUCCAUGGAUGGCUGUCAACUUUUUCUUGAAAGAUGGCCUCAAUGUGGACCCCUCCACUCUUCAGCUCCUCCAGAACUCCGCUAAUCUGCCCAUGGUUGGUAAGCCUCUCUACGGUGUCGUAUCUGAUGCCGUUUACUUCUCCAGCCAGCAUCGUAUCCCUUACAUCGUCUUUGGAGCUUUCUUACAAGCAGUUUCAUGGCUAGCUAUUACAAUCCUCCCACCCUCAACCCUCUCAAUUUUCUGUAUCAGCAUAUUCCUUCUCCUUAGUAAUCUUGGUGCUUCAAUAGCUGAGGUUGCAAAUGAUGCCAUUGUUGCAGAGAUAGGAAAACAGCCCACUACCUCCUCUAAAAAAUCUCAAUCAUCUUCCUCUGGUGAACUCCAGUCAUUUGUUUGGAUUGCUUCCUCUACUGGUGGUGUCCUUGGAAACCUUCUGGGUGGAAUAGCCAUUACCAGAUACUCCCCCCAAGUUAUGUUUCUCUUUUUUGGACUAAUACUUUCUCUCCAAUUUUUCAUAACCAUUACUGUCCGUGAAAGCUCUCUUAGCCUCCCCAAGAGUUCAACAAAUGUUGGGAUUAUGAAACAGCUUUCGCAGCUCUCUGUUGCAUUAAAAAAACCUGAGGUUGCUUACUCAAUAGCAUGGUUUGCUGCAUCUUAUGCUGUGAUUCCAGCACUGACAGGAACAAUGUUCUUUUAUCAAACACAAUAUUUGAAGAUUGAUUCAUCACUACUAGGGAUCUCUAAGGUUUUUGGCCAGGCGGCAUUGCUUCUGUGGAGCAUCAUCUACAAUCAUCACUUGAAAACAGUUCCAGCAAGAAAACUAAUUGCGGCCAUUCAGGCAACGAUGGCAGUGUUCAUGGUUUCUGAUGUUUUGUUUGUGAAGGGAUUUUAUCGGAAUAUGGGGGUGCCAGACACAUUCUAUGUCAUUGUUUUCUCAGGCCUCUUGGAGGUCAUGUUCUUUUUUAAGAUUCUGCCUUUUAAUGUUUUAAUAGCACAGCUCUGCCCACCGGGGUGCGAGGGAUCACUGAUGGCCCUUGUGGCAUCUGCAAUAGCACUUGCAUUGAUAGUGAGUGGAUACUUUGGUGUUGCACUUGCAUCUUAUGUUGGGGUCACAGGAGAUGAUUUUUCCGGGUUUCCCCGUGCCCUUCUAAUACAGGCAGUGUGCACACUUUUGCCAAUUUACUGGUCGUCAUGUGUUCCAGAUGAUAAGAAAUCCACCGCUGGUAAAAAGGAUCUGUAAGUAAUUAUAGGGAUUCAAAUGACUGGAUUUCUUUUUUUUUUUUUAGGCUUUUACAAUAUAUAUAUUAUCUCGCUACACAUUCAUGUAUCGAUUAACAAAUAGUAUAUUUAGUUUUAGUUGUAGGCAUUUCCAUGUAAGAUGCUUCUAGGCAAUCUAUUGUACCACUAUGUGUUUCGUGAUCUAUUCUUAUGUAAUUCAAUUA